AGUAUAUUUGACUGGAAUGUUAAACAACUGUUUCUAUAUUUGUCUGCAGAAUAUUCAACGAAAAACAAUGCUCUAAACCAAGUGGUGCUUUGGGACAAGAUCAUAUUGAGAGGAGAUAACCCAAGACUGUUUUUAAAAGGCAUGAAGUCAAAGUACUUCUUCUUUGACAAUGGAAGUGGUCUCAAGGGAAACAGGAACGUCACUUUGACUCUUUCCUGGAAUGUUGUACCAAAUGCUGGCAUUCUACCUCUUGUAACAGGAUCUGGACAUGUGUCUGUACCUUUCCCAGAUACCUAUGAAACCACGAAAAGUUAUUAUGAUACUGAAUCCUAA